GAACCACAACCUCGACUUUCGUUCGCAGCACCGCACAUCCGCCCACCAUCCGCCAGAAGCACACUCUGCCGUCACCAUGUCGACCCCGUCGCUUGCCAAGUAUGUCAUGAAGCGGCCAUGGCUGCACAGCUGGAUGAAGCCGCUUGCCAAUUGGUACGGCAACGCUGCUGGCUACAGACAACUCGGCCUGAAGGCCGACGAUCUCAUUCCCGAGGAGAACGAAACCGUCCAGCUCGCCCUCAAGCGUCUCCCCCCAAAGGAAGCCUACGACCGCGUGUUCCGAAUCCGAAGGGCGUUCCAGUGCUCCGUUUCCCAUCAGUUGUUGCCGAAGGAGGAGUGGACAAAACCCGACGAGGAUACGCCCUACCUCACCCCACUCAUUGAGGAGAUUGAGGCUGAGCUGGCCGAGCGCGCAGAUUUGGACGCAAUGAUUGUCUCGAAAGGCAAGAAAUGAAGUGGUGCGCUCACACUGGGACAGCGAUGGGUUUCUGAGAUGACGAAAAGAAGCCAUGUACAGUGGUCAUAUACCGGGCGAGAUAGACGUGGAAGCUGUACAAUUACUGUCACAAAGAGUUUUGCUUGCUAUCUACUCUGACAAUUGACUUUCGAUUGGUUGAUUCCUUUCCACCCCGGACUAGAAGUUAUCACAACAUCUUUCGUCGAGCAUUAAAUCGAGCAACAGGUCAUCAUCAUCAUCCUCGUCUUCUAACAUGGCAGCGUCUAAAGAGAAUCGCGGCGUCGAACUCAGCUCUUCGCUUUCAAAACC